CCCGCUUGGUGCGGUGCGCGCCGGGCGUGAGGGGCGCGCCGUCCGGGGGCCGGCCGGCUCGGUGCGGAUCUACUCGCCGCGCUUUCUCCGGAAAGAUCUCUUUGGGAGAGCCUUCACGACGCGCUCGCCUUGCUCUUGGACUUGGGAGGAGCGCUAGGAAGAAGGGGACCGCUAUCUAGCCGCCGAGGAGACCUCUCUUCUUUGUUUUUUAUGUCUGGAGAAAUGGACGAAGACGGUGAAGUCAGUUGAAGUCCGAAGAAAUCAUCAUCAGGGCAUUUCGAAGGCGCUUCAUCAAAACCUUCAUUCCCUGGCGCUUUAAUUAUCUCACCGGCACUGCACCUUCUAGGAGCCUGGUGUGGAAUUCUUACCCUUUGGGCGUCUGGUGGCAUUUCCCCCCCAAUGUGGACUCCCAUGGGUUGGUCCCUUCUUUGUAAUUUGAAAUGAAAUGAUGGCCACACGUCGGACUGGUCUGCCGGAGGGAGAUGGUGACAACAAGCUCAAGGCCCGCGGGCCCCCCGCCUGUGAGGUAUCAAAAAGUAAAGAUGGAAAAGAACAAAGUGAAACUGUAUCACCAUCCGAAGAUGAAACGUUCUCCUGGCCAGGUCCCAAAACAGUUAUGUUGAAAAGAACAUCUCAAGGCUUUGGUUUUACAUUAAGGCAUUUUAUUGUUUAUCCUCCAGAGUCUGCAAUUCAAUUUUCAUAUAAGGAUGAAGAAAAUGGCAACAGAGGAGGAAAACAAAGAAACCGCUUGGAACCCAUGGAUACCAUCUUUGUCAAACAGGUUAAAGAGGGAGGACCUGCUUUUGAAGCUGGAUUGUGCACAGGUGAUCGAAUUAUAAAAGUCAAUGGAGAAAGUGUUAUUGGAAAGACCUAUUCUCAAGUAAUUGCUUUAAUCCAGAACAGCGAUACCACAUUGGAACUUAGUGUUAUGCCAAAAGAUGAAGACAUUCUCCAAGUGCUGCAAUUUACAAAGGAUGUCACAGCUCUGGCGUAUUCUCAAGAUGCCUACCUGAAGGGCAACGAAGCCUACAGCGGCAAUGCCCGCAACAUACCUGAGCCUCCACCGGUCUGCUACCCCUGGCUGCCCCCCGCCCCUCCCGGCCCGGUGCAACCCCCUGAAACAGCUCCUCCAGAUGCCUCCGCGAGCAAACCGCAGACCAGUCCCCCCGUGUUGACGCAGCCUGGCAGGGCCUACAGGAUGGAAAUACAAGUGCCUCCGUCACCACCAGAGGUGGGCAAGUCAAACACAGCAGUGUGUGUCUGCAGUGACAGCGUAAGGACCGUCAUUGUACCUUCUGAGAAGGUUAUAGAUUUGUUACCUAAUAGAAGCAACCACACGGUUCCCUCCCACAGAACUGAGGAAGUGAGGUACGGCAGGAACGAGCAGACCUCUUUCAAAACAGCAUCAAGAACCACAUCGCCACCAUCCUCGAUUCUCACGUCCCAUCUAAUCCAUCAGACCGGCUCCAGGCCGUUGGAACCUUCUGGCAUUUUACUUAAAUCAGGCCAUUACAGUGGACACUCAGAAGGACUGGCGAGCAGCAGAUCUCCAGCUGUGGAUUCUCCUCCCGUAUCUGUCAAUCACUAUUCUCCAAACUCCCAUCAGCACAUAGACUGGAAAAACUAUAAAACUUACAAAGAGUAUAUUGAUAACCGGCGGCUGCACAUGGGUUGUCGGACAAUUCAAGAAAGGUUAGAUAGUUUGAGAGCAGCCUCGCAGAGCACAACAGAUUAUAACCAGGUGGUACUGAACCGCGCCGCCUUGCAGAUACGACGUCGGAGCACCUCUCAGGACCGAGUGCCCCAGUCCGUUCAGAUCCGGCAACGCAGCGUGUCUCAGGAGAGGCUGGAGGACCCUGUGUUAAUGAAGUACUGCCCAAGGAGUGCGUCUCAAGGAGCGCUGACAUCUCCUUCUAUUAGUUUUAGUAACCAUAGAACUCGCUCGUGGGAUUUUAUCGAGGGACAGGGUGAAACCUUAGAAAACGUCCAUUCUGAAUGUCCACCACCCGAUGGAAAGGGAGAACGAAAGCAGACUUACAAGUGGAGUGGGUUUACCGAACAGGAUGAUCGGCGAGGUAUUUAUGAAAGGCACAGGCAGCAAGAAAUUCACAAAUCUUUCCGAGGUUCCAAUUUUACAGUGGCUCCGAGUGUUGUGAAUUCCGACAACAGGCGAGUGGGUGGCAGAGGGGUGGAACUGGUAUCUCCGUUUAAAAGAAUUCCAGCAGAUCUGAAACCGCUGCAGCCCAACAGAAAUUUUCAAACUACCUGCGGAAUGUCCCAGCCUCGAGGUAUUUCACAAGACAGGUCCCCUCUUGUGAAAGUCCGAAAUAAUUCUCUGAAAGCACCUACGCACGUCACCAAACCGCCCUCCAGCCAGAACUCGUUCGUUUCCAUCAAAGACCAAAGACCAGUAAAUCACUUGCAUCAAAACAGUCUCUUGAAUCAGCAGACGUGGUUAAGGACUGAAAGUGCCCCUGAUCACCAAGUGGACACUGGGAAACCCCCCUCUCUGUCCGGAGCUUCUGUUAAGCCCACCCCUCCGAUGAGUGAGAACGCUGGCACUCCAGAUGUGGAAUUAUCCGUCACUCAAAGGAAUCAAGAUUUAAAUUUACAAGAGGCUGACAUUCAGCAAUCAAAUGCUGUAGAUAAUAAAGAAACUGUCAUCCUAAGAGAAAAACCUCCAUCUGGUCGCCAAACGCCGCAGCCUCUAAGGCAUCAGUCUUACAUCUUGGCCGUGAAUGACCAAGAGCCAGGGUCAGACACCACUUGCUGGCUACCUAAUGAUGCCCGCCGAGAGGUCCAUAUAAAAAGGAUGGAGGAGAGGAAGGCCUCAAGUACCAGUCCACCCGGUGAUUCCUUGGCUUCCAUCCCAUUUAUAGACGAGCCGACGAGCCCCAGCAUCGAUCACGAUAUCCCACACAUCUCCGCCUCGGCGGUCAUCUCUGCCCCCGCCUCCCAGUUGCCCGCCAUAGCAGCGGCCCCUCCCAGCCUCACAACUUCAGCUCCUUUAAUCCGACGUCAGCUCUCCCACGACCAGGAAUCUGUUGGACCUCCCAGCCUGGAUGCCCAGCCCAGCUCAAAGACAGAACGAUCAAAAUCAUACGACGAGGGCCUGGAUGAUUACAGAGAAGAUGCAAAGCUGUCCUUUAAGCAUGUAUCUAGCCUGAAGGGAAUCAAGAUCACAGACAGCCAAAAAUCAUCAGAAGAUUCUGGAUCCCGGAAAGAUUCUUCCUCAGAGGUUUUCAGCGAUGCUGCCAAGGAAGGGUGGCUUCAUUUCAGGCCACUUGUCACUGAUAGGGGCAAGCGAGUUGGUGGAAGUAUUCGACCAUGGAAGCAGAUGUAUGUUGUGCUUCGGGGCCAUUCGCUGUACCUGUACAAAGAUAAACGAGAACAGACGACUCCGUCUGAAGAGGAACAGCCCAUCAGUGUUAACGCUUGCUUAAUAGACAUCUCUUACAGCGAGACCAAGAGGAAAAAUGUCUUUCGACUCACCACAUCCGACUGCGAGUGCCUGUUUCAGGCUGAAGACAGGGAUGACAUGCUAGCCUGGAUCAAGAGCAUCCAGGAGAGCAGCAACUUAAAUGAGGAGGACACUGGAGUUACUAACAGGGAUCUGAUUAGUCGAAGAAUAAAAGAAUACAACAGUCUGAUGAGCAGCAAAGCGGAGCAGUUGCCAAAGACCCCUCGCCAGAGUCUCAGCAUCCGGCAGACUCUACUUGGUGCUAAAGCAGAGCCUCGAACUCAAAGUGCACAUUCCCCCAAGGAGGAGUCGGAAAGGAAGCUUCUCACUAAAGAUGACACUAGUCCCCCAAAAGACAAAGGCACAUGGAGAAAAGGCAUUCCAAGUAUUAUGAGAAAGACAUUUGAAAAAAAGCCUACUGCUACAGGAACAUUCGGGGUCAGACUGGAUGAUUGCCCGCCGGCUCAUACUAAUCGGUAUAUUCCAUUAAUAGUUGACAUAUGUUGCAAAUUAGUUGAAGAAAGAGGUCUUGAAUAUACAGGUAUUUAUAGAGUUCCUGGAAACAAUGCAGCCAUCUCAAGUAUGCAAGAGGAACUCAACAAGGGAAUGGCUGAUAUUGAUGUACAAGACGAUAAAUGGCGAGAUUUGAAUGUGAUAAGCAGUUUACUAAAAUCCUUCUUCAGAAAACUCCCUGAACCACUUUUCACAAAUGAUAAAUAUGCCGACUUUAUUGAAGCCAAUCGUAAGGAAGAUCCUCUAGAUCGUCUGAAAACAUUAAAAAGACUAAUUCAUGAUUUGCCCGAACAUCAUUAUGAAACGCUCAAGUUUCUUUCGGCUCAUCUGAAGACAGUGGCAGAAAAUUCAGAAAAAAAUAAGAUGGAACCAAGAAACCUAGCCAUAGUGUUUGGUCCAACUCUUGUGAGGACCUCUGAAGAUAAUAUGACGCACAUGGUCACUCACAUGCCAGACCAGUACAAGAUCGUAGAGACACUUAUCCAGCACCAUGACUGGUUUUUCACAGAAGAAGGUGCUGAAGAACCUCUUACAACAGUGCAGGAGGAAAACACAGUAGACUCCCAGCCAGUGCCAAACAUAGAUCAUUUACUCACGAACAUUGGAAGGACAGGCGUCUCCCCUGGAGAUGUAUCAGAUUCAGCUACUAGUGACUCAACAAAAUCUAAGGGUUCCUGGGGGUCCGGAAAAGAUCAGUACACCAGGGACCUGCUCGUGUCGUCCAUCUUCGCGGCCGCCAGUCGCAAGAGGAAAAAACCGAAAGAAAAGGCGCAGCCCAGCAGCUCGGAGGACGAACUGGACAAUGUGUUUUUUAAGAAAGAAAACGCAGAGCCGGGUCACAACGAUGUUAAAGAAGAGUGCAAAAGAGAGAGCGAGACACCGGGCAGGAAACCAAGGACCGUGGCUUGCAGAGAAAAUCACGCGACGAAAGACGGCGGCGCGGCCCGAGCUGACCCGCGAGCCGUGCGCGGGGAGAGCGCCGAGCCCCCGGCCCCCCAGGGCGCCAAGCAGAGCAGGUCGCCCACCCCGGGCUGCCGCCUGGCCAUCCUGAAAGAGGGCCCCAGAGCCCUCGCGGCCCAGAGGGCCUCCCACCCAGACGAGACGGGGCCCGACGCCGGCGCCCUGGCGAGGUUCUCCACCAAGAAGUCCACCAGCCCCGAGCCCAGGGCGGGCGAGUUUCUGGUCGUCGGCGGCGGCAGCAUCGGCGCCGGGUGCUCGGCGACGUCGCCCGCCCCCUCCGUGAGCGGCCUCGACUCCAGCCGGCCGAGCCCCGAAGUGCAGUCGGUGGCCGAGAGCCGGGGGGACGACGCCGACGACGAGAGGAGCGAGCUGGUCAGCGAGGGGCGCCCGGUGGAGACGGACAGCGAGAGCGACUUCCCCGUGUUCCCGGCCGCGCUGGCCUCCGAGAGGCUCCUCCGCGGGAAGGCGCAGGAGGCCGCGAAGACGGGCCGGCGGGGCUCCGAAGGCAGCGAGCUCAGCUGUACGGAGGGGAGCCUCACGCCGAGCUCGGAGAGCCGGAGACAGCUCUUCAGCUCCCAUAAGCUGAUCGAGUGUGACACCCUGUCCAGGAAGAAGUCGGCCCGGUUCAAGUCGGACAGCGCGACCCUGGCCGAUGCCAAGGGUGAGAAGGAAGCCCCUUCCAUCAGCAAGGUGUUCGAGGUGAUGAGAAAAGGAAAAUCCACGGGGAGCUUACUGACGCCACCGGCCAGAAGCGAAGCCGAGAAGCAGGAGCCCACCUGGAAAACGAAGAUAGCUGACCGGUUAAAACUGAGGCCCAAAGCGCCGGCAGACGACAUGUUCGGAGUCGGAAAUCAAAAAACCGACGCCGAUCCUGCCAAAAGGAAGAACAUCAAGCGCAGGCACACGCUGGGCGGACACAGGGAUGCGACCGAGAUCAGCGUUCUGAAUUUCUGGAAAGCGCAGGAGCUGAGCGGGGAGCGAGAAGCCGAGCUUUCCGCCGUGACGCGGUUGAAGCCCAGAUGCGCAGCCCAGGACCUGUGCGUCUCGGACUGGCUGGCCAGGGAGCGGCUACGCACCAGUGCGGCCGACCUGAGCAGCGGGGGCGCGGGGGACCCCCGGCCCCGGGGCCUGAGCACGUUCGAAGUACCCCCCACGGACCCAGCCCUGCCUUCUCAGUCCGAUGCUGACCGUUCUCCCAGCACCUUGGCUUCAACUAACAGGCGCCCUCUUUGCACACCACCGCAGUCGCCUGACCAAAUCAAUGGGGAAAGCUUCCAGAACACGAGCCAGGACGCCAGUUCUGCAGCGGCGGCCCAACCUCACCAACUGUCCGAAACCCCAGGCAACAAAGCACAGUUCCAUCCCUGUCUUUAAACUGGGGGUACGUCUGCUCCAGCGAAUAGAAGCUACUGUUAACACGUUCCAUAACUCUGUAAAUAUUUUCUUGUACCAGAAUUGUUAUUAUGCAGCCUUCAUUUGGGCUGGUUUCAUCAUUUUGCACUGUGAAAUAGCUUUACAGUGCAUCACUACAGCCAGAAGAACAUAUAUAUAUAUAUAUAUAU